CCCAGCAGCCCAGGAUGAUCCUGAAGGCUGUGGUCCUGGGCCUGGCCCUGGUGGCCAUCACGGGUGCCCGGGCUGAGGUCAGCGCUGACCAGGUGGCCACCGUGGUGUGGGACUACUUCAGCCAGCUCAGCAACAAUGCCAAAGAGGCAGUGGAGCACCUGCAGAAAUCUGAACUGACCCAGCAGAUCAACAACCUCUUCCAGGACAAAAUCGGGGAGGUGAACACCUACGCCGAUGACCUGCAGAAGAAGCUGGUGCCCUUCGCUACCAACCUGCACGAACGCCUCACCAAGGACUCGGUGAAGCUGAAGGAGGAGAUCCGGAAGGAGCUGGAAGACCUGCGGUCCAGGAUGGUGCCCCACGCCCAGGAGGUGAGCCAGAAGAUCGGGGACAACGUGCGCGUGCUGCAGGAGCGCCUGAGCCCCUACGCCGAGCAGCUGCGCACCCAGGUCAACACGCAGACCGAGGAGCUGCGGCGCCACGUCACCUCCUACGCGCAGCGCGUGGAGACGGCCAUGCGCAGCAACGUGGACAACCUGCAGGCCUCGCUGUCGCCCUACGCGGACGAGCUGAAGGUCCAGAUCAAGCAGAACGUGGACGAACUCAAGGGGCACCUGCAGCCCUACGGGGACGAGCUCAAGGAGAGGAUCGACCAGAACGUGGAGGAGCUGCGCCGCAGCCUGGCCCCUUUCGCGCAGGACGUGCAGGAGAAGCUCAACCGCCAGCUGGAGGGCCUCUCCUUCCAGAUGAAGAAGAACGCCGACCAGCUGCAGGCCAAGCUGUCGGCCAGCACCGACGAGCUGCGGCAGCGCCUGGAGCCCCUCACGGAGAACGUGCGGGGAAAGCUGAAGGGCAACACCGAGGAGCUGCAGAAGUCCCUGGCCGACCUGAGCAAGCAGGUGGACCAGCAGGUGGAGGAGUUCCGGCGCACGGUGGCCCCUUAUGGCGAGAGCUUCAACAAAGUGAUGGUGCAGCAGGUGGAGGAGCUCCGGCAGAAGCUGGGCCCCUACGCGGGGGACAUGGAAGACCACCUGAGCUUCCUGGAGAAGGACCUGCGGGACAAGGUCAACUCCUUCUUCAACACGGUCAAGGCGGAGAACCAGGACAAACUCUUGGCCCUCCCGGAGCAGGCGCAGAACCCGGCCCCUUUGGAGCAGAACCCGGCCCCUUUGGAGCAGAAGCCGGCCCCUUUGGGGUAG